CUGGAACGGAAGUGCUUUAUCCACCGCUUCCUGCUUGCUGGUCUCCACCGAGGGUGGCGGGUGCCCCCGCGAUGUUACCGUACACCGUGAACUUCAAGGUGUCUGCGCGCACCCUUACGGGGGCCCUCAGCGGCCACAACAAGGCGGCGGUGGACUGGGGCUGGCAAGGUUUAAUUGCUUAUGGAUGUCAUUCGCUUGUGGUAGUGAUUGAUUCCAGUACUGCCCAAACUCUUCAGGUUUUAGAAAAGCAUAAAGCUGAUGUUGUUAAGGUUAAAUGGGCAAGGGAAAAUUAUCACCACAACAUUGGCUCACCAUAUUGCUUGCGCUUAGCUUCUGCUGAUGUCAGUGGGAAGAUCAUCGUUUGGGAUGUGGCAGCAGGAGUUGCUCAGUGUGAGAUCCAAGAGCAUGCCAAGCCUAUCCAGGAUGUUCAGUGGUUGUGGAAUCAAGAUGCUUCCCGAGAUUUACUGCUUGCCAUCCACCCACCAAAUUACAUUGUGCUCUGGAACGCAGAUACUGGCACCAAACUGUGGAAAAAAAGCUAUGCAGAUAACAUUCUUUCAUUUUCUUUUGACCCUUUUGAUCCCUCACACUUAACGUUGCUCACCAGUGAGGGCAUUGUAUUCAUCUCAGACUUCUCUCCAUCUAAGCCACCCUCAGGCCCUGGGAAAAAAGUGUAUAUCUCCAGUCCACAUUCCAGCCCAGCUCAUAACAAGCUGGCUGCAGCCACAGGAGCCAAGAAAGCUCUUAAUAAAGUAAAAAUUUUAAUCACGCAAGAGAAACCUAGUGCAGAAUUUAUAACUCUCAAUGAUUGCCUCCAGUUGGCAUACCUGCCUUCGAAAAGGAAUCACAUGUUGUUGCUCUAUCCUCGAGAGAUUUUAAUUCUUGACCUUGAGGUGAAUCAAACAGUGGGUGUAAUUGCAAUAGAACGAACAGGAGUUCCAUUUCUGCAGGUAAUACCCUGCUUUCAGCGUGAUGGCUUAUUUUGCCUACAUGAAAAUGGUUGCAUAACCCUCCGUGUUCGAAGAUCUUAUAAUACUAUUGUUACCGCUUCAAAUGAUGAGCCAGAUCCAGAUCCUGUUCAGGAGCUUACCUAUGAUUUACGAAGCCAGUGUGAUGCAAUCAGGGUGACAAAAACUGUCCGUCCCUUCAGUAUGGUGUGCUGUCCUGUCAAUGAGAAUGCAGCUGCUCUCAUAGUGAGUGAUGGCAGGGUCAUGAUAUGGGAACUCAAAUCUGCUGUGUGCAGUAGAAACUCGAGAAACAGUAGUUCUGGUGUGUCACCUUUGUAUUCACCAGUGUCUUUCUGUGGAAUUCCUGUAGGAGUACUACAAAACAAACUUCCAGAUCUUUCCCUAGAUAAUAUGAUUGGGCAAAGCGCAAUUGCUGGGGAAGAACAUCCCAAAGGCUCUAUUCUUCAGGAAGUGCACCUGAAAUUCCUGCUAACGGGACUACUUUCAGGACUGCCCUCCCCACAGUUCACCAUCCGUAUGUGCCCACCUCUGACUACAAAAAACAUCAAGACGUAUCAGCCACUGCUUGCUGUCGGUACAGGUAAUGGUUCUGUCCUGGUAUAUCACCUCACCAGUGGCCUGCUACACAAGGAGUUAAGUAUCCACUCAUGCGAAGUCAAGGGUAUUGAAUGGACAAGUUUGACAGGUUUUCUUUCCUUUGCUACCUCAACACCAAACAAUAUGGGUUUAGUGAGAAAUGAACUCCAGCUGGUUGAUCUUCCAACAGGUAGGAGCAUUGCUUUUCGUGGUGAACGAGGCAAUGAUGAGUCACCCAUCGAAAUGAUUAAAGUAUCUCACUUGAAGCAAUAUUUGGCAGUUGUUUUCAAAGAUAAACCCCUGGAAUUAUGGGAUGUUAGGACUUGUACUCUUCUUAGAGAAAUGUCCAAAAACUUUCCUACAAUAACUGCUUUGGAGUGGUCGCCGUCUCACAACUUGAAGAGCCUGAGAAAGAAACAGCUUGCUACCCGAGAGGCCAUGGCCCGCCAGACUGUGGUUUCAGACACGGAGCUGAGCAUCGCUGAGUCAUCUGUGAUCAGCUUAUUGCAGGAGGCAGAAAGUAAGUCUGAACUCAGUCAGAACAUCUCUGCUCGGGAGCAUUUUAUAUUUACAGACAAUGAUGGCCAAGUUUAUCAUCUCACUGUUGAAGGAAACUCCGUGAAAGAUAGUGCUCGGAUCCCACCAGAUGGAAGUAUGGGUAGUAUUACCUGCAUUGCUUGGAAAGGUGACACAUUAGUGCUUGGAGAUAUAGAUGGAAACUUAAAUUUUUGGGACUUGAGAGCCAGAGUAUCCAGAGGAAUACCUACACAUAGGAGUUGGGUGAGGAAGAUUCGUUUUGCUCCUGGCAAAGGAAACCAAAAACUAAUAGCGAUGUACAAUGAUGGCGCUGAAGUGUGGGAUACUAAAGAGGUUCAGAUGGUGAGCAGUCUAAGAAGUGGAAGAAAUGUAACCUUUCGGAUCUUGGAUGUGGACUGGUGCACUUCAGAUAAAGUGAUCUUGGCAUCUGAUGAUGGGUGCAUCAGGGUCCUAGAGAUGUCUAUGAAGUCUACAUGCUUUAGGAUGGAUGAACAGGAGUUAACUGAGCCUGUGUGGUGUCCAUAUCUCCUUGUUCCAAGGGCCUCCCUUGCUCUGAAAGCCUUCUUAUUACACCAGCCAUGGAAUGGGCAGUAUUCUUUGGAUAUUUCUCAUGUUGAUUAUCCAGAAAAUGAAGAAAUAAAGAAUCUCCUUCAAGAGCAGUUGAAUUCCUUGUCAAAUGACAUAAAGAAACUUUUGCUUGAUCCAGAAUUCACUCUCUUGCAGAGAUGCCUCCUUAUUUCCAGGCUUUAUGGUGAUGAGUCAGAGCUGCACUUCUGGACCGUGGCAGCCCACUACUUGCACAGCUUGUCCCAGGCCAAAUCACGGAGAUUGGUGGCAACUAAAGAAGCUACACCUGGGGACAAGUUAAAUAAUCCACUGGAUAUAUGUUAUGAUGUACUCUGUGAAAAUGCCUAUUUUCAGAAAUUUCAACUGGAAAGGGUUAAUCUGCAGGAAAUAAAACGGUCAACUUAUGACCACACGAGGAAGUGUACAGACCAGCUACUACUCUUGGGUCAAACAGACAGAGCUGUGCAGUUGCUGCUAGAAACAAGUGCAGACAACCAGCAUUAUUAUUGUGACUCACUGAAAGCCUGUUUGGUCACCACUGUCACCUCCUCAGGCCCAUCUCAGAGCACCAUUAAGCUGGUGGCAACUAAUAUGAUUGCCAAUGGCAAAUUGGCAGAGGGUGUUCAGUUGCUCUGCCUGAUAGACAAAGCUGCAGAUGCUUGCCGUUACCUGCAGACGUAUGGCGAGUGGAAUCGGGCGGCGUGGCUUGCAAAGGUCCGUUUAAAUACUGAAGAAUGUGCUGAUGUUCUGAAGCGGUGGGUUGACCACCUCUGUUCUCCACAAGUUAAUCAGAAGUCCAAGGCCCUCCUGGUUCUUCUGUCACUGGGCAGCUUUUCCAGCGUGGCAGAGAUGCUUCACAGCAUGAGGUACUUUGAUAGAGCGGCCUUAUUUGUGGAAGCUUGUCUCAAGUAUGGUGCUUUUGAAGUCAACGAAGACACAGAGAAACUCAUCACUGCCAUAUAUGCAGACUAUGCCCGAAGCUUAAAGAAUCUUGGUUUUAAACAGGGAGCAGUUCUUUUUGCAUCAAAAGCUGGUGAAGCUGGCAAAGAUUUACUGAAGGAGCUUGAAUCCCCCAAAGUAUCGCUAACUGAGGAGUGAUGGGUUUCAUGCUAGGGAAUCUGAGGUUGGAAGCAGGGUGUGAGGGGAAACUGGCCAGGCUGUGGUCAAGGUCAUGGUCGCGAUCCAGACUGAUGUGGAGCACAGCUCACUGUAAGCUGUUCUCUUACCUUCAUUAGGCUCUCCUCGUACAGCUGUAUGUGGACAUUUAUGUUAGAAGCAAGUGUCCUGUAUUGAGUCAGAGAAAAUGUAAGUGCUUCAGAGUUUGAAAGUGUACAUACUAUUUUAUAUACUUUUCAAGAGAGUUUUAAGAUCCCUGGAAAUGCUUAUAAUUUUUUUAAACUAAAAUCCAAGAAAUCGAAUUGCUUUGUCAUUGACUAAAUGUAAAGAUGUAUGAGAACUCUAGAGUGAAAGAAGUCUGUGAGGCUGUGCCUGUGUUUAUAUACAAUCAUUCAAGAUACAAACGGGGAGAAACAUUUAAAGAUAGCCUACCAAAGCAUUUUUUGUUUUCUUACCAUGAAAAUACAGUUGAUUCUUUAGUUUAGGCAAUUGCCGAAUUUUGUAAUUUUAGGGAUACAAGCAUACGGGAAGGUUUUAAACUUUAUCUUGAGUUACAGUUCGUGGGGUCUUUGAUAUGUUAAAUUUUAACUUCUAUGAUGCACUAUAGCAACCUCAUUUUUGAAGUCUCUCUGUACUUUAAUUUUCUGUCUUUGUGUUUUUUCAGUAGCUGGAAUAUAACUUAUAAAUUAUUGCUGAAAAUUUAAAUGUCUAU